GCACUAUGUAAACACAGUGACACAUUUUCCCCUCCCUUCAUUUUGUGACAUCACAGAGAAGUUGAGCUUAUAAAGUAACCACAAGAAUACUGUGUGUCAGGCAAAAGAGUUGCGAGCAGACAGAGGGCUCUUUCUUAUACUGUACGGCCCAGGAAGACUGAGGAACACUGACUUGACUCCUCCUCUCACACACAGGCUCCAGGUACAGCUGAGGAUUUAUGUGCCGUCCAUUCAGAGCAGCAGAUUGUGUUGCUGAAAUGAGCGUUAUGUGAUGCCCGCAGAGAUGUCUGGACUGACCCCUCAUCAGAGCCGAAAUGCCCUCAUUCCAUCACAUCUGUGAGAGUCAAGGCAGAAGAGACUAAAAUAGAGUUGGAGUCUUCAGAGGGACCGAUGCUGAGAGGAAUCCAUCCAGUAUAAACACAACCCACUAUCUCUGCAAUCCUCACAGCCACAAGAUAUGAAUUGUGAAAAGUGAAAGAGAAACAUCUCAUAAGCAACACUUUGUUCUUAGACCCCAAAGGCAAGGCGUUUUAUGAGAUGAAUGGUGUAGUUUGGGAUUAAAGCAAUAACUGUGUGCAUUAAGGAUUUUCAAAUUGUCCAUCUGAUAUAUAUUUCAAUUGGCUUGUGUGCUAUUUCUCAGGAUGGGUCUUGCUAUGACAUAAGAACAUUUAACAGGCCUAAACUGAGGUGAAACUCUUAAAUAGUGUUGGAAUUAGAUCAAAUGGACAAUUUCUUGAUCUCUAGAUAGAAGUCCCAUGCUAAUUACUGGUUUAAUCAGAUAUACGGUGGCUUUACAUCUCAGAUCACAUUGGAUUUGAUCUCUAUAGGAACUCCAAAGGGAUUUGAAGAACUCACGCUGAACCAUGAAGGAGGAAAUCCUGCAGUUUUUCAAUGAUAUAUGGAACCUCGCUUCAGCCAAGCACGACCAGAGCGUCUACAACACGGUGUGCCUGGUGGUGCUUCUGACUCUACCGCUAGUUGUCCUCUUUACAUCUCUGCUGAUGUGCUGUCAUUGUUGCUGCUGUCGUAAUGCUGGCAGAUGCCGGUGUUGUUGUAAAGGUGAAACCUCAGUCACAAAUGCGAAACCCGAAAAGAAGAAAAAGAAAACCGGCAGCCAGAAUAAUGAAGACUUGUGGAUCUCCGUCAAAACAGAUUCCAUAAGUAAUGAAAGACUUGCACUGACUAUGGUGUAAAAAGGCAUGAUGAACAUGAACAAUUUUAUAUUUAUUUAUCUUCAUGGUACAUGUAAAGGUACAAAAGUGUUACAGAAGUGUUUACUAAAAUGUGCCUGAAUGUAAAAAUUUCAAAAGAGAUUUUUAAUUUUUGUAUAGAAGGAAAGUUUAGAAGUGAAUGAAUAUGCAAGAAAAUGCUGUAUUAUGUGUGUGUGGUCCGGAAAAGCUUUACAAUAACCAACGAUAGGGGAAAAUAAAUGCAUAUCUUUAAAUGUU